CUUCGCCCCUCGCCCCUCACCUCACAUGCGUAGCACCGACGUCAGCUGCUGCUCCCUCUCCCAGGCAUCAGGAAUUCGGCCAGUGCACCGCCACCUGUUGAACAUUCUCAACUAUAUACACACUUGUCCGGCCAUUGGUGGUGGCAUCCCUCUGCCUUUCAGCCACUGGAAUAUGCAAUCGUACGCAGACCAGCGCAAAUUCUGCCAGAGACAAGCAACCCAAUGACUUCGGGAUCAUCCUCCAGGCCAGAGGCGCCUUCGCCAUCGGCCUCCUUCUAUGACCUCUCGGACGACGAAGAAGGGGGCUACAACACAAUCACCCAUGCCUCUGCCACCAAAGGUGUGAAACUGCUCUUCUCCAAAAGCAAGGUUUACGUGCACCCGUCGCCCUCGGCCAAAGACAACAUCCCCGGCUUUAUCGCCUUGGUCCAGCAGAAGUCGCCCGCUCUCGCCGACGACGGCCAACGACCCACCUCCGCCGACUCCUCGUCCAAGAAGAAAACAAACGCGUCUUCAUAUCUGUUGGCUUGGGUCCCCGAAGCCUCGCUGGCACAGGAUGACCUGAGCACGUACGUGAAGGUGGACAUGAAGGACGGCGAAUCUCCUCCUAGACAAAGUUAUUUGGUCCCUCCUCUCCCUCUUGCGACCACCUUUGACGAAUCCCCCGUCGGACCAUAUGCGUUCUCGCUACCUCUCUCCAGCAUAUACUCCAUCCACGUCCGUCCGCCAAGUCUAGGCUGGUGGUAUGGCAGCAUAGUCAUCAACACCCGUGCCGGUUCGAGCUUACCUGCGUUAUUUUUCCAUGACUCGGAAUGCGAAAGCACAAUACUACAAAAGAAAAAAAGAGCACGGGAGUCAUUCGACCCCUUUGGAGAAAGCGGCGACCUGUUUUGGGGCGGUGACGAAGUGCUUAGGUGGCUGAAGAGAUAUGUGACUGUUGAAAGGAGCACUGCAGAGCCAUCAAUAUACCUCAUCGACCCUUCUGAAGAAGAUCGUGUUGGCUUCGGCCAAGGUCGAAAGUCGCUCGAACAAGCAAGACGCAAGAGUGAAGCAUCAACAUCCAAGAAACCCGAGCAGAAGAAACCAUCAGGCCCAGGGAUGGAUCCUUUCACAAAGGCACUCAAAGAAACUAGGUGGAAGAUCUUGGAGCAACUGUCCAAAGUCACAACGUUUACUCGACGGACUGCGGAAGACCUUGCUAAUAACAAGAACCUGCCUCCGCAAGUGCGACGACUCAUCCAGAAUCCUGAGAUUCAGACUCUGCAGGAUGAAUUUGACAGUGCAAAGUUAUACUUGGCACGAUGGGCCAUGAGCAUUGCAGAGCAAAGCGAGCGUGAGAGGAGGCAGAGAAUAUGGACUGCACGAGAUGUCUUGGACUCGGAAGAGACCAGCGUGGGAGACUUUGAGAUUCUGGACAUGGAGGCUGCACGAAUGACCUUGGCCGACAGCAAGAGGCGCCCUGUCGACAUGAAAGAGUGGAAGUCCUUUUUCGAUUCAAAGGGCAAAUUGCAAGUCACGGUGGAAGAGGUCAAGGAGCGAAUCUUCCACGGCGGGCUGGACCCUGAGGACGGUGUAAGAAAAGAGGCAUGGCCUUUUCUAUUGGGAGUGUACGAGUGGGACAGUACGGAGGAAGAACGGCAUGCUCUCAUGAACAGAAAACGAGACGAAUAUAUUCAACUGAAAGGUGCCUGGUGGGACAGAAUGAUCGAUGGCGAUGCCACGCCCGAACAGGACGAAUGGUGGAAGGAGCAGAAGGUUCGAAUCGAAAAGGAUGUGCACCGCACCGACCGUCAUAUCCCCCUCUUCGCAGGCGAAGAUAUCCCUCACCCAGACCCAACCUCACCUUUUUUCAACCCCAAUGGACCCGGCACAAACGUGCAUAUGGAGCAGUUAAAGGAUAUGCUCUUGACCUACCUCGAAUACGACACACCUCCCUCCUCUUCUACCGCCACAAGCCCUCAAAAAUCGUCCUCUUCCUCGCAACCACAACGCUACCGGACCCAAAACCCGCAUCCCCAAAAUCUGGGUUACGUUCAAGGCAUGUCCGACCUCCUCUCACCUCUCUACGCCGUCUUCCAAGAUGAUGCCGUCGCUUUCUGGGCUUUCGUGCAGUUUAUGCGCAGGAUGUCGCGAAACUUCGUCCGCUCACAAGUGGGAAUGCGCUCCCAACUCAACACACUCGACCAGUUAGUCCAACUCCUCGACCCGAAACUAUACCUCCACCUUCAGUCGGCAGAUUCUACAAAUUUCUUUUUCUUCUUUAGAAUGUUGCUUGUUUGGUAUAAGAGGGAGUUUGAAUGGUCCGACACUCUCAGGCUGUGGGAGUCACUGUGGACGGACUAUUAUUCCUCCCAGUUUCACCUUUUCAUUGCAAUGGCAAUUCUCGAAAAGCAUCGCGAUGUUAUUAUGGACCAUCUCAAGCACUUUGACGAAGUUCUGAAGUACAUUAAUGAGCUGAGCGGGACGAUUGAACUUCAAGACAUUCUGUGGAGAGCUGAGGGGCUAUUCAAGAGGUUCGAGAAGACGGUCGAGACAAUCGACCGCAAAGAUGCUUUCCCCCCGCCAAAUGCUGGCCAGAGUGACGCGGAACUGCGACAGAGGAAACCAGGUGCUGGACAAGAGACAAAUCCGGCCGCAUCAGCGUCAGGCGUCGCCUCGAGCACAUCAUCACACCCACUUCAGGCCCAAAAUCCGCCCACAAGUCCGGCCCGACGGGGCCCUCAACAACCAGCGAAAGCAAAGGAGGCUGAAAAGGCCAAAGAAAGAGUCAUCACACCGGAACUGCGGCUCCUUCUAAGUCGAAAAAUCGUCACUCUAGAAGGCGAGGACGGCUCAAGAGACUCGGAGCGGACAAGGCCGAGUGGACUUAAAGAUUGAGCCCAGUGCGUGUUUACAAUUGUCAUUGUUUGUUGGAUUAAACAGAGCCCGGAAAUUUGGAAUAGCAUGGAUUGCCUGCCUGGCUCUCUUGCUCCUCCCGUCCUCAGUAGGACGGCUAACAAGUGUGUAACAUGUCCAUUGAUGAGACAGCAUGGGAAAGCCUUUAUGAGACAGUAUACCCGCAGCGGUAGCAACUGAUAUACGGUGUAAACAAUCAUCUCAAUCACAAUAUUCUGCAAAAGAACAUCUAGUCCUGGUCUCCAUGGGCGCGGGCCUGACGUUGUGUUGCAGCGGUGGCAACACCCAUGUGCUCUCCUGGUAUCUCUAUUUGAAGUAACA